AUGCCCUUAGUGUUGCCUAGUAGUACACUUAUUUUCAUUUUGCUGCCAAUUUGGCAGCAGAUUUUACAUAUUAAUUUGCACAUAAAUGAGACUCAGCAACAUCGGACAAUGCAAAUCGUGACUGAAUAUUUUGUCGAUGACGAAAAAUAUUUCUAUUUAAUUUUACUGCAUAGAAAUAUCGCUAUUUGUAUAGGGGCAACUGUGUUAACAGCAACCGGAACAACACUUGCAGGAUAUAUUAUAUAUGUAUGUGGAAUAUUUCGAAUUGCAAGUUAUCGUAUCGAACAAGCAAUGUCUAUUGAAGUAAUGGAAAACAUUAAUCUUGAAAAUCAGACUAUGAUUUAUAGAAAAAUAAGUGAUGCUGUUGAAAUCCAUCGCAAGGCUAUAAAGUAUUCCGAAUUUUUAUCAUCUUGUUUUAAAGGCACUUUCUCCUUAUUAUUAAUAAUUGGUGUGAUUUCCUUGAGCCUGAAUACUUUUGGAAUGUUUUAGAUUUUCCGAAAUGCAUCGCUUGGAGAUAAAGAAUCACUUUUGGCGCAUUUCUUACUUGUAUUUGUGAUCCUUUUAUAUAUGUUUAUAUCUAAUUAUG